AUGUCGAAAGUGACUAUUGAAAUACUUGUUAUGCUCAUUGUCGUUGGUUUAUGUGAUGAAAUGGCUGGCAGUGAUGUAUUUCGAAUUUCUAUUCAUCGCAUUCAACGACCAUCAUCCACUAAAACAAAUUGUACAAUAUCACCGACAAAUAUGAUGACCUGUCAAAUAUUUUCGCGUAAAUUGGGCAAAAUUUUUCUGACAAAAUCUUCUAUUUAUGAAAAUCUCAUCAAUGAAGCUGAUGAAACUGGUUUCAAUAAGUAUACUUCGACACAGUCAACAACAUAUGUGGCUAAUGGGAAAAGAUUUUUAAUAACCUAUGGUGAUGGUUCUUCAGCACCUGGUUUUUUUAGUAUUGAUACUGUCACAAUCAAUGGAAUUGCAGUCCAAAACCAAACAUUUGCUGAAUGCACAUCUCUCAGAGGUAUGAAUGGCGAUGUUAAUGAUGGUAUUCUGGGUCUUGCCUAUCCAAAUUUGGCAAAAGGUGCCGAGAAACCACUUUUCUACAACAUGUGGUCUCAAGGUCUCAUUCCAGAAGCCAUUUUUACUUUCUAUUUAAAUCCUGAUACAAAUGCGGAAUCCGGUGGUGAACUUAUAUUCGGUAGUGCAGACUCAAGCAAAUACACUGGUUCUAUUACUUACAUUCCUGUCGCAAUAGAAGGAUAUUGGGAAUUCCUCAUGACUAGUGUAAGUAUCGGAUCAACUAUUUUAAGUUCAUCAGUGUAUGCUAUUGCUGACACCGGCACGACAUUCAUCAUUGGACCUACAAUUCAAGUUACUGCAUUGAAUGCUGCCCUAGGUGGUGCCUACGAUUCAACUAGUGGACUGAAACAUCGUCGAUCGUGCGGUUGUUAUUCAACCGAAGAUCUUAAUUAG